UAUUAUUUCAUUCAAGACGAUACUUUCGCCAGUUUUUCAUAUGAUAUUCCUUUAUCGUAUCAAAGAAGCGAAGCCAAUAAGGAAUUUUUAGAAGGAUCUAAUGCAACUGCUCCAAUCGAAAUUUCUUUUAAUGAAAUUCCUCCACCAGUUCUUUGCAUUGACCGUAUAGCCAAUGUUGCCGUAUAUAAUCAUACCUACGAAUUUAAUAUUUCUGAUAUUCAUGAUUGUUUUUUGUUAAAUUUAACGGAAAAUGAAAUACGAGAAAUCCAGAAGGAACCCUUGUCGCUAAAAGAAUUUUUCACAAACCGUGGUAUUACCUUUAAACCUGAGGAUGCUUUAAUUAUUUCCAAAGCAGUAUUAUCGUUCAAUUUGCGAACAAUACAUUUUAGUCCAGUUUCCUCUGAACAGCGGCCAGAAUGUUAUUUAAUUUCGGUUGCCAUUACCUUCGAUAAUUCGCGACAUACUGGUCAAGUAUAUAUUUCUUUAUCAUCGGUAAUUAGUCUCAUUAAUUUAUGUAAUGGUCGUGUUUUAAAAGGCACAAGUUUGGCUAACAAUGCAAUUCUAACUGGAACUGUUGACAUAUUCGUUCUUUUACUGUGUAUUGCAUCAUUGAUUUUAUGUUGUCGUGCUUUGAUUCGUGCUCAUUUGCUAAAAAAAGAUUUUGAUAGCGAUUUGUUCACAGCUACCGGUGUACUUUUGGGAAUUGGUGCUUUUCUUGUAUAUAUGGGAAUAUUGCGAUAUUUUGGACUUUUCUCAAAGUAUAAUAUACUGAUUUUAACGAUGAAAAAAUCACUACCAAAUAUUUUGCGAUUUAUGUCAUGCGCUGCCGUUCUAUAUUUGGGUUUUCUGAUAGCUGGUUGGAUUAUCAUUGGACCAUAUAACAUAAAAUUUCGAACGCUGGUGAGCUCAUCUGAAGCGCUUUUUUCAUUAUUAAAUGGUGAUGAUAUGUUUGCAACAUUUUUCACCAUAAAUACUACCAAUCCAAUGGUUAAAUUAAUCGGCACUAUAUAUAUAUACGUUUUUGUUUCUUUGUUUAUCUACGUUGUUUUGUCCCUUUUCAUAGCUAUUAUCAUGGAUGCAUACGAAGUUGUAAAAGUAAGUCAUUUAUCUUUUUUUGUAAAUUCCUGA